GGCAGGCGCCCUGUCCGCUGAGGUGUGCACCUGCCGCAGUUUGGCAGAGACGGGAGCAGUGAAGAGCUGCAGGAAUUAAUUCAUUGCCGCAAGUUCACUGACGAACGACUGGCAUUAAAUCUGCCGGGACAAAGUUAACAAAGAUAUAAGUUAUUAGCCAUAAGUUAACUUAAGUACAUGAAGCAAGAAUUUCAUUUAGUACCAGGCGGCUAUUACAGUAUUUGAGCUAAAUUCUGCGACUCGUUUGGGUUCAGUAUGCAGGUAACGCUUGCUCUAUUGUUGGGCACACGGACAACACAUAAUGUUUGACAUUGCAGUUGCGAAAGCAAAUCAAGAGGACCAUGGAAAUCGCAGUGAAUUUAUAAUUGUUUUCUAUCUUCUGAUAUUCCUGAACUUCAACUGAUAAACCACCUAGUGGUGUAUAAAAGUCACCUUUGCAGGACACCGUUCUAUUAUGUGGAAGAACAAGCAUUUCACCUGGGCCAGAGGUUCCUGUUCCCUCCUGACACUCUUGGUGCUGAUCAGCAGAGCCAGUAUAACUGAAGGAAAUAACCUGACGGAAAGUGACAUUUCAGAAUCAGAUGGUCUCUGUAACCAUCCACCUAAGUUCCUGGCACCUUCUACAAAUGAGACUUACAGACUUUCCUUGGGAUCUUGGGUUGUGUUGAAUUGCACCGUGAAGAUACUCUACGAUCACAAGUUCAAUUUGUGUGACUCAAGUAUCCAGUGGAUUAAGGAGCAGCAGGUGAUCACCAACAAUAGUAAAUACAUCCAGACUGACAAGAACAGGCUUAACGUUUCAGAGAAGAUUCUCUCCAGCUUUCUGAAUGUCAGCUUGGCCAAUGACGCGGAUUAUGGGACCUUCACCUGUUUCAUAGGAAAAGAGUCCAUGACCUUCACCCUGGAAAAGACAAUUGUAGGUGUUGCCAGUCAUGUCCCAGCAGUACUAGGUGCCAUUUUGGUGCUUGGUGCAUUGCUCCUGGCUGGAUUGCUGUAUGUGAAGUGCAGACUGGACUUUCAGCUCUGGUACAGAAACAAAUAUGGAGAGUUUGAAGUCAAUGAUGGUAAGCUAUAUGAUGCUUACGUUUCCUACGUAUCUGCUGCUGAUGACCGGAAAUUCGUCAACUUCAUCCUGAAGCCACAUUUGGAGAAUCGAUAUGGCUACAAGCUGCACUUAGAUGACAGUGAUAUCCUGCCGGGGUCAGAACCCUCUGCAGAGCUAAUAAUGAACAUUAGUCGCUGCCGCCGUCUGAUCGUGGUACUGAGCAAGGCAUACCUGGAGCAGGACUGGUGCAGGCUGAACUUCAGAGAAGCACUCUGGAAUCUACUGGAUCUCUCCAGGAAGCCCAUCUUUAUCAUGUUUGAGAACCAUUACAGAGAAUUGUCUCACCCUGCCAUACAACUCCUUAAAGCGCAGAAGAAGAACAUCACUCUCCUACUCUGGACUGCCACAUCAAUGACCCCCUCCUCUGAAUUCUGGAAAGAGUUACGAUUGCUUUUGCCUCAGAACAUACCUCAGCGAAAUACCAUGGCUGAUCCUCAGACUCGACUCCAGGAUGAUAAGGACCCUAUGCUGAUCCUCAAUCCAGAUUACCUGGACUGCAGAUCUGACCCUGACCCUGAAGGAGACCUGGGAGUGCGGAGUCCAAUUUACAAAGGGCCACCUCCACCUGUAUCAGCCCUUUCCAGUAUACCAAAGGCAAACCUCAGCAUGGAAUUUCCUUGUGAAAAUACAGGUAGAGAUGAAGUAGAUAUUGCAGAUCUGGGAUCUCGAAAUUAUGGAACAAGAACAGAUUUCUAUUGCCUUGUUUCUGAAGAAGAUAUUUGACAGUAAACUAUUCUUAAUCAUUGAGUUGUAAAGCUUGUUAUAUGAAUUUUAUCACUCAACAGUUAAUUUAUUGAUUAAAUCUACACAUUUUUGAAUCUUAAAAUUAAUAGUAAUGUUUCUCCAUUUAUCAAUUUCCAUCUGACGUUCAUUUAUCUGUUCAAUCUAUAUGAUCACAUACUCUGAUUGGAUUCCUGUUCCAUCACAAGUGCUUAUAAAGGCUGGAAUUCUGCCUAGUUAAAACAAAUUUUUGUUUGCAUUGAAACAAUAUGAAUGUUUAUUUUUUACGCAUCCGUUGUCUAAUGAAGGAAUGCAUUCCAUUGACUGAAAAUUGUAAUCUAUUAAGAGAAUGUCAGAUGAUUUGCUGCACCUUGUUUGGAGAUGCCAUAAUCAUGUAUAUCAGUUGUGCCUUUUCAAAUUGUCGAUUUAUAGAAAGAGUAUAAUAGUUUAAACUUCUGUAUUGGGGAUUCUAAGCUAACAGAAUGCAAACAUAGAUCAAAUCAAUUGUUAGCUAAAAAUCAUGUUUGGUGCUCAGGUUAGAACUCCGCAAUGUACUAUAUUGUUAGUUACUGUUAACUGUUCAGCAUUUGUCUAUUGAAUUUUAAUCAUUGCUGAAUUUUCAUAGGAGUGUAAUUUUAAUUGUGGACAGAUAACUUUCAAAGGAUAAUUUUCUAGGUACCUACCAGCACAAUUACAAAAUAAAGUGAUGAACUCCUGCCACAGAAGUGGCCACGA